CAAAAUUCAACCAGGUUCAUAGAAAGAGAGAAAUGGUAUCCGUCUCUUCAAAUCAGCAAUUCCAUCGUCUUCUCUCUUUGACAAAGCUCUUAACCUCCCAUGUCAACAAUGGCUUUCACGAUCAAGCACUCUCUCUCUUCCGCCAACUUCACUCCACCCUCUCUCUAGACCCAUACGUCUUCCCUCUCGCUCUCAAAUCCUGCACCGCAUCCAAUUCCCCCAUCCUCGGCUCUUCCAUUCACACCCACAUCAUCAAAUCAUCUCUCCUCCACAACCCAUUCGUCUCCUCCGCCCUAAUCAACAUGUACGGAAAAUGCGUUUCCAUUUCCUCCGCACACCACCUGUUCGAUGAAAUUCCUCUCAAAAACGUAGUCGUAUGGAACUCCAUGAUCUCUCUCUACGCCCAAUCUGGAGACAUUCCCCGCGCAUUAAACCUAUUUGAAACUAUGAACAUCGCUCCAAACGAAUCAAGUUUCAAUUCCAUCAUAUCUAACUUAGAUAAUGAAUCUUCAGUUCAAUUCUAUAGAAGAAUGCAAUCUAUCAAGUUAAAACCGAAUUUAAUCACUCUACUUGCGUUACUCAGAUCAGCUAUGUCAACCGCAUCGUUACAAAUGAUUCAAGAAAUCCAUUCAUUCUCAAUUCGAAACAGAAUCAGUUCAAAUCCUCAACUCGAUAGCGGAUUAGUUGAAGCAUACGGACGAUGCGGGUCCAUCAUCAAUUCACGAAUCGUGUUCGAACAUAUGACUGAACGAGACGUGGUUGCAUGGAGUAGUUUAAUAUCAGCUUACGCUUUAGACGGAGAUUCAGAAACCGCAUUGAAAACAUUCUCAGAGAUGGAAACAGCGAAAGUGAAGCCUGAUGAUAUUACAUUUCUUGGAGUUCUUAAAGCUUGUAGCCAUGCAGGGAAAGCCGACGAAGCUAGGUUGUAUUUCGGUCGUAUGAAGAAUGAUUACGGUUUAGAACCUAACAGUGAUCAUUAUUCGUGUCUGGUGGAUGCGAUCAGCAGGGCGGGGAGGAUACGAGAGGCGUAUGAGGUGGUUUUGAAUAUGCCGGUGAAGGCGACGGCUAAGGCGUGGGGAGCGAUUCUUGGAGCUUGUCGGACUUAUGGAGAGGAAGUAGAGAUUGCUGAGAUUGCUGGGAAAGCUUUGAUGGAGAUUGAACCUGAUAAUGCAGCAAAUUUUGUGUUGUUGGGGAGAAUUUAUGCUUCUGCUGGGAGAUAUGAAGAAGCUGAUAGAAUUAGGAGAGAGAUGAUGGAGAAAGGGGUUAAAGCUGCACCUGGUGGUAGCUGGAUUAUGUAAGACAUGGAAACUGGAUAUCAUUUCCUCUCUUUCAUGCAUAUUUCAUAGGAAUUUGAUGUUACU